CCGGCAGCGGGAGCGGGGCCGGCAGCGGCAGAUUAAGCAACAAUGGCAUUUGUGAAGAGUGGAUGGCUGCUCCGGCAAAGUACUAUUUUACGGCGUUGGAAGAAGAACUGGUUUGACCUGUGGUCUGAUGGCCGCUUAAUAUUCUAUGAUGAUCAAAAUCGCCAUGAUAUAGAAGAUAAAAUUCACAUGCGAAUACAUUGCAUCAAUCUCAGAGUGGGGACCGAAUGUCGAGAUUUCCAGCCUCCAGAGGGGAAGCAGAGGGACUGUUUACUGCAGAUUGUUUGCCGUGAUGGGAAGACAGUCAACCUCUGUGCAGAGAGUGCAGAUGACUGCCUGGCAUGGAAGAUUGCUCUCCAGGACGCCAGAACAAACACAGGCUACGUGGGAUCUGACGUGAUGUAUGAUGAGACAGCCAUUUCCUCAGCUCCUCCUCCUUAUACAGCUUAUGCCACACCAUCACCUGAGGUUUAUGGCUAUGGCUACGAUCAGUACAAUGGUGCGUAUCCCCCUACGGGUCCUCAAGUCUUCUAUGCCUCCAACGGCCAAGCUUAUGCUGUCCCCUAUCAGUAUCCAUACCAAGGACCUUAUGGCCAACCCCCUGCAAACCAUGUCAUCAUUCGAGAGCGUUACCGUGACAGCGAUGGAGACCUUGCACUGGGCAUGCUUGCUGGAGCAGCAACUGGAAUGGCUCUGGGAUCAUUAUUCUGGGUCUUCUAGAUUACCCGUUCCUUAUCUUUGUAGUUCCAAAAACCUUUAUUGUGUGCAAUAAUAUAUUGGCAAUGUUGUUUACUGUUAAACUUUAAGAAACGCAAUAGUUAUUUUUCAGUAGUGACAUCUUAAUAACUGAUUCUUAACUAAGGAGAGUUUAAAGGCACCAUUUAGUUAAGUGGUUGGAGAUGGCAUGUGCUGCUCUUGAUUUCUGUUCUGAUGUUUGGAGUUGUAAGGAUUUGUACUGAUAAGGAUCAAUAUGAGCACUGAUGUAACAUGGUAGCAGUCACUAGCUUUAUGAGCAGACUAUUAUUGUAAACACCAUAGAAAAAAAUGGAUUUUUUUGGGGGUCUAAAAUCUGGUCCAAAUAGGAGAUUUACAGGAGCCCUGCAUUAGUGUGUAUGUACUAUUGGCUUCUGAACAUUCCCUUGACAAACAUACAGCUCAGCAAAAACUCCUUGGCAUUAGGUAGUCUGCCAUGCUCAAGGAUUUUUUUGUUUUAAAACUUGCCUGCAGAUGGUAGUGUAUUUUCUUAGAUCGAGUCCUAUGCCUGUCUCUCACACCAUCCAGGUGAAGUUGUCUUUGAGAAUGUAUAAGCAAACCGCUAAGAAGUGGCAGCACUCCUCAGUUCUUCUAUUCUCCCUGAAAUGUGAAUGACCAAUGACAAGGAAGACCGAUGUUUGUUGCUCCACCUCCCUUUUUAUCCUGAAUCACUCUUCUCUGGUCAGAUGGAAGUAAUAGAUCUUUAGCUUUGCAAGUGUGCUUCCUUGUCUCUAGGACAGUCACCUCAGACAUUGUAACAACUGCAUUGCUGAGGAAGAGGCCAUUGUCUAGUGUCUGUGCUUACUACUGCUGUUGCUCUGCAGUCUGCAGGAGAACUAACUUGAACAACACUUGUCCUGUUGGGCCUACCAGAACCCCUCUGCAGUAAUAGUCAAGGGGGGAAAGACAAACAGCACAAGUAGACCUUGCACACAGGCACUUUGGUAUCAGCUGCCUUGCCAUGGCUAGGAUAGAACGUCUCCCUCUUAGCCUCCAAGGUUUCCUGAACCAGGUUCAUUAUUUGCAACUAGUUUUGAGCACAGCUAAGCCUGGGUUUGUUCUAUGCACGCUUCCCUCUCACAUUCAGCAGGUCUCUUCUUCCCUCCAUGACUUGUUAAGGAAAACACUCCAAGGAACCUGGCUGGCUUUGCUUGUAUGGCUGGUUCCUUAUACAGUGUGCGCUUGCAGACUGCUGUGGUAUGGACUGUGAUGUGGAGUGCAACUGUUAUGUGUGUUAUGUGGCCUGUUACUGUAUCCUGUUAUAAUCCAUGCUGAGCUGUGCUUGGCAGGGGUAAGAAAGCUCUGAAGAAAUGCACAUGCUUUCUUAUUCAGGUAAGAGAGGCAGGGUGCCUAAGUUGAGUUCUUUAUAGUAAGAGGACUUAUUUUUAUACUUCCACUUUCAGCUUCCUGUACUUACACUGGUUUAGUAUGUUAAGUCUUUUUAUGCUUUCAUUCCGAAGUAGGUUAAUUUCCUUAAGGUUCAUGGGAUUUCAGGUAUGUCAGGAAAGAUGAAAAUAGAUUAGAACUUGCACCCAUAUAAAUUUACAUCAAGCCCCAACCUUUUCCAUUUCAUCCUAAAGCUGUCUUGGUUCUAUCCUACAUAUUUAAGCAAUAGAGGUCUUGGACAAGAGUUUGGGUAGCAGCUGGAGGAAGCACUAAGCUUUCAUGGCUCUUAGGACCAACUCAAACUGAAAUCAUUGAAAGGAAACAGACAGAUGUAAUCCUGACUGCAUUAUUAAGAGUGGGCCUAAUCCAGGGAAUGUAAACUUCUUUCAAGAAACUUUGGCUCGGAGCCAUAUAUCUAUGUGCAUGCAUGUCCUUUCACAGAUUAAUACAAGCAGCAUAUGUUCUGCCAGUGGUAGAUACUGAACAGACUUGAUGGAGGUUCAGAAGAGGACUGAAGCAAAAGUGUCCUAUUGCUGGUCCAAACCAAAAGAAAUGGGAGUACACUACUGAAGUUCUCCUAGAGGCCUGGUACCCUAGAGGUCAGAAGGAGAGGGUGACUGUCUGGAACUUAAGUGAACAAACAUGGCUACCCUUUUUAAGCCUUGAGAUAACCUUGAAGCUGAUUACAGGUCUAUAUUGCUGUUUAGUUUGCAUUUUGCAGUGUAACUAGUUGUGCAGAAUGCCUCCAUCUCCUCUUCUCCCUGUAUGAUAUUUAGCUCGUAAGGGCUGGGGGAGAAUAAAGCAAUUGAACAUCAUCAUAAUUUCUUUUGAAUUUCAUAACAGUUGUGAAAGAAUAACACAAAGUGAAUCAGCUAGUAACUUAUUUUAAAAGUUCAGAGUUUUGCUGCAUGGGUUUGUUGUUGUUUUGGGGUGGUUUCCCCCCGCCAAGAGCUGUUGAUCACAGCAGAGGAACAUGUCUCUUGUGCUUUCAGGAGAUAACUGUAUCUAGGUCCCCAGUUUCUUCAAGUGAGGUAUAGAAGAUAAAGACUUUGUUGAUUGCAAAACAUUCCUGGGUUGAAUUCAAAGCAAGAAAUGAUGUUUUUAAAAGUUCAAAUUGAAGUAAGUCUCCAUUAAAAAAAAAUAACCUUACCUCUUCUCAAGGGGAAAAAAACCCCAAAAACAACCACCCCAAAUUGAAGCUGAAAAUUCUAGUUCCCUCUUGGUAACAAUAGGCUGCUGUUAUACAAAAAUCAUGAGCUACUUUUCUAUCCUGGUAGCACAGGCAUUUAGAAGUUAGAAAGCAAAUGUACAAAACUGUGCUAGAGCAUAAAAUCAAGAGAGUAGUUAUCUUACUGCAGAUGCUUAUAGCCUUUCUGAUCUCACUGAAGAAACAGAAUUGGAAAUGUCUUAGGGCACAGACAUUUCCAGCAUGCAGCAGCAUGAGGAUAGCCACUUGAAUUCACUGGGUGUUAACGCUCGUAGACUUGCUUUCUGAAGACAUGGCCGUACCUCCUGAUGCUCAGGAGCAGAGCAGAGGUUUGGUCAUAGCUAUAAUAACGUCCAGGCAGAUACAGAGUCAAGACUCAAUAGCCUUUCUCUGCCCAGUCCAGUACUUCCUUUAUCUGCAGUUUGUGUAGAUGGUGGUGUGAGCGGAAGGAGCAGGGCCAGAGUGGAUUUUGGGGCUUGGAAGGACUGCUAUGCCAGCUUCUGCAGAUAGAUGAUACCAUAGUGUUGGGAAGAGGCAGUGGGUGUGGCAAGAUCAUUUUCAAAACAGAUUGAAAUGAUAGUCCUAAACAUGUGUUUGUUUCUGAAUGGCGCUGUUCAUGAUGCUGUCAUUCCAGUUAUAUCUGCACAGCACCCAAGCACAUGCUUUCCUACCUGGGGCACAAUACUUGGCCUCCCUAAAGCUAUGGGACGCCCACAGCCACUACAGUGCCACUGUUCUUUGUGGUGUAUGCUAUCAGUUAAGGAUGACUACAUCUGUUGUAUAGCAGUUACAGUCUGUUCAGAAUUAAAUAGCAGUGCUUACAGAGGUCACGAGCCUAUAUGUUCAUUUGUGACUAGUUACUUUUGGAUUCUCAGUUAUGGACAGCUGGACAGAGCCAGGCUUCCAGAGAGCAGCGUGGAAAUGCUCAGCCUUCUGCUAAGUCCGACCACGUUAAAGAGGUGAACCAAGGCCCCCUCCCAAAUUCUUAGUUACAUGUGAAAACAUAGGUAUUGGCUUCUUUUGCUUAAACAUGGUGGGGGCUAGGGAGCCAGCCUCUUCUAGUGAGCAGGUAAAGGCUUAUGAACUAGAGAAGAAGGGGUGGAAAGUGUUUACGUACAGAGCAACUACACUGGCUUUUGGCAAAGACACAUCUUUUCUAGUGCUGAAGCACAUUCUGAGCUGCAUCUAGAUGGAGCUACCCUAAACAUCACGCAACGCUGGCUUCAUUUUGUUUGUUCUUCAGUGGAGAUUCAAUAGGUGAUGGAACCAGCUCAGCAAGUUCAGCAAAGAAGGAAAUUCACACCCAUGUUCCUCAAAUGUGUUUAUGGCUUUUCCUCCUCGUGAUAUGACUAAGAUAGAUACAUGUAAGUCAUGGAGGGUAGCAUGCAGCAUAUGUCCCCCCCCAAGAUCUUUCAUGUUCUUGUGCGCUAUCUUGUCUGCUGCUUUCACUAUAUGUCCUCAUUCUCAUUAUUAAUUUACAGCAAAAUACUGUUAGCAAUAAAAAUCAUAUUUAA